AUGCUCCUUUUGAAACUGCAGCUGGUUGCUGAGCUCGAUGGCGAUGGAAGAGUAGGGGAACUGCAGUGUGAGAGAGAGAAGCUGAAAUCUGAUUUAAUGGUACGACAGUUGAGUAAAGGACGCGGCGGUUGCCGAGGUGACCGUUGCUCGCCUGGAGACGCUCCCGACACAAUCAAGGGCUGCGGCGCCGAGCAGAGACCCGGGGCCGCUCUCCCUGGCACCGGCCAUGCAGAGAGUGUAACCCGCAGGCAGGCUCGGCACACGGAUACAGAAAUCAAACAGCGGCGCAAAGAUGACCCGAAAAUGUAUCUGCGAGAUCUACGACAUCAUUGUCCACAUUUGCCAACAAGACUAUUCGACAAGGCACUGGAUCCUUGUCUGUUGACUGAAUACCAUGAGAAAUACCCUCCACAUGGAGAUAUCAAGCCUCCCAGCAGCUUUAAACCAAAACUGGAAUAUCUGUGUAAUCGUGACAAAAUGGACGGCAACUCAACAUUUAAAACAGAUUAUAUACCUCAUGAAGUUUCACGACGACCUAUUCGUGUGCAGCGAGAGUAUAGACCAAAAUCUGGUGAGGUAGAUCUCCACACAACUUACAAGACAGACUAUAAUCCCCACAAAAUUAAGCCUGUAGAAAGCAUGCGUCCUCCCGAAAGGAAACACGGGAAAGAAGGGAAAGUAGACACUGUACCAACAUACAAAGAUGAUUACCGACUUUGGGAAAUUCCUAAAAGGAAGCCUAAAUCACCACAAGCAUACUGCCCUCCUACAGCACGGUUUGGAAAUCCAUCUACGUUCCAAGAUGACUAUGGCCCCAAGGGAUAUUCACACAGAGAGAGUUUCAAACCACCUGAUGUCCCUAAAACAUCUGAUGUUCCCUUUGAUAGUCUAACAAAUCAUAAAAUAUCUUAUGUAGCCCAUCCGGUAGGGGAACGAUACAUUAGACCACGGGAAGAAUACAAACCAAAUGACAAACCUUUUGAAGGUCUCACCACUCACCGUCGUGAUUAUAAGGGAAUGCAUGGAGAUCCUACAAAAAGCUUUAAACCUGAACAAACAAAGAUAGGAUCUGAUGCACCAUUUGAUGGGAACUCAGAAUUCCGUGACCAAUAUCAGGCAUGGCCUGUUACCUUGCCUUAUAUGCACAAACAUCCAGAUUAUGUGCAACCAGCUGGUUCAAUGGAUUUGAACACUACUUCGCACCUUGAUUAUGUUGGACAUAAAGUUAAGCCAUCUGCUCCAUUUAGACCUGCAAGUGCAAGAAAGGUCCAUGCUCCUUUUCAGGGAAGUACUACUAUGAAAGAUGACUUCAAGUCAUGGGAUAUAAAGAAGGCAGAGGUGAUCAGGCGAGGUGAAGAAGUAAAAGUACCAUGUGAAAGGUUUGAUGAUUUGACAACUUUUAAAGCAAAUUAUGUCCCUCAUCCAAUCAAUCCACUGCAAAGCUUCAAACCAAUGAAUGCUCCUCUACAUAGCAAAACACCAUUUGAUGCUGGAACCUUGUAUCGUACUGAGUAUACACCAAAGAGGCUCGAAAUAUGUCCUGCAAGCUAUCCUACUCCACCGGGCUUUGUGUAUGAAAACACUGAUGCACGUGGUCAUAAAUUCUUCCACAAGAUAACAUCAUCAGAAGAAAAGCUGGCAGUGUCAAAUGAAAUGCAUCUUCCAAAAGAAGUGGCAGUAGUAUCCUAA